GAUUAAAAAAAAAAGAAAAAAAAAAGAAGUAGUAGUAUUUGUUAAACGACAAAUAACCAAUCUGAAAACACAUUCUAGUUCAUCUCACCACACAAUCAUUCGUCACUAACAGCAGGGACAUCGUGGGUGUUAUUUUCUCCAGGCUAAAACAAUGUAAUUACCAUAGCAAUGAUUGCAUAGCAGCAGUAAUUAGGAGCACGGACCCAUCCGGAUGGUGACUCGCAGUAUGCACGAGGCCAUUCAAAUAUCCCCGCCUGCUUUCUGAAGUGAAAUCCAAGAAGCAACUAAGCGUUAGAGUUGGAGAGCGAGCGGAGGGAGGGGUACAAGUGCACGUAAGCUGCCUACAAAUGACACACUGCAAUCAUAAACUGUCUCGCGACGCGUUCUUUCUCUUCUUUAGCGCCCUUUCGUUUAUGAAGUAUGAAGAAGACGUCGAGGUACUCGGAAAAAAGGCUUCGGUUACAGAUUCAGCAUAUAACACGUUUGUAGCGCACUUCUGACCGACUUCUACUCCUCAGCCCGCAAGAAGCUACAUCGCAGCCGACUGAGACUCUGGAUGGACCGGGAAGGAGCCUGCUCGAGCUCGAGUCGAGAUAAACGAAACGGAAUAAACCCCAUGCCGAUUAUAUAAGGGUUUUGCGACAAAGAAAGUCUGGAGACUGAAAGGCUUGCUUCGCCCAAAUAAACUACAUGCCACCAGGGCUUAUAUUAUGGACAAUGUAGCCUUUGAGCUUGACGUGGUUGACUUCUCUGGAUUAUUUUCCACGUUUAGUUUUGUUGAGAAGCAGUACAGUGUCAUUACUGGACGAGCAGCCUGAUUUCGGUCAGUGGAUUCAGAUAAUAUCGUCUUGAUGCCUGCAGGUUUGCGCUGGUCUUUAGAUUGAGACUGCUCUGUGAAGUCUUCAUGCUGUGGGGUAAAUACACUCUCUACUUCAUCUAUUCCUGCUUACAUGAAGUUGAGCUCUCUUGCAACUUGAUAUUCAAUUAUUCAUACAUACGUUCAAGUCCAAAAAGUUCAAAUAUUUCGCCCCUUGACGGGCUUAUUGGUGAGAUUGAAACCUGCCAAUUCGGAUGUGCAUCCUAAUGCAAUGACACCUGUCGAAAUAUGGUGAUGUAUUGAAGUGGCACAGGUCUGAUCACACGUGUGCUGCAGUAGCAGCAGCAGCAGCAGCACGACACUUACAAGCAUCAAGACAGAUGAUGCCAUUUAUUCACGAACACUGAUGCUCUCACUAUGAUGAUCUGUUCUCUGUGUGGGAAUGAUUCAAUGGCACAUUACCGACGGACAUUUUCAGUCGUUUACUCGUAAAUGAGGGCAUGUGGCAUGCGUCCAGCAGAGAGCAUCUCCAAGAAUGAGGGCAUGUUGCCCUCGCCCCAGGUGUGCGUGUCAACUCUGGUGACAGUGAGCACGAUGGCCGUGGUCGACCUCUACCUUCUGGAGCAGAGCAUGCUGGGACCUCGAAGCGGAGCCCGUCCUGCAGUAUGGCCAUGUGUUGCCGUCGCACUCGGUGACCUGUGUUUCCUGCUGGCGCUGCGCUUCGUUUCCGCCGGUGUGGUUUCGGAGGCGCGCUCUCCCCGCCGGGGCUUCGCCAAUGCUCUCUGGUUCCUUUUCCUCUCGCUGCUGCAGCUGAAGCUUUUCUUUGUGUGUCAGAACUACAGACAGGAGAGACGACCCCCGGAUCCUCUCGCCCGCAAGACUCUGACACUGUUACUUUCGGUGUGCCUGCCCUCUCUGUUCCUCAUCCUGACAGGAGCCGAUUACAUGACACCCCUCCGUAGGAAGCAGGAGGUGCGCAGCCGGCUUCUGUGGGUGGUGGUGGACUUGCUUGAUGUGUUGGACCUGCAAGCCGGGCUGUGGGAGGUGCAGGGCACUGUGGGGGUUCCUCUUUGGGUUGAGGGUAUAGUGUUCUUUUACUGUUACGUGCUGUUGUUGUUGCUACCGUGCGUGUCGCUCACGGAGCUGGGUGCCACUGCACUGCCUGGGCUGCAGGCGGCACGGAAGGAGGCUAUCUAUCCGUGGCUCAGCCUGGUGACCAUUAACGUGUUCACGCUUGUGCCCAGAGGGGUCGGGAUGCUGUGGUACAGGGACCCACGGGUGUCCACGGUGUUCCUAGGCAAAAACCUGCUGGCUCUUGCAGUAAAGCUCAGCUCCGCCUGGGAGAGGCACAGAAAGGGCAGCGGAGGGAUGCAGGGAGCAGGAGCCUCCACCGGAACUGGAAACCAGACUCGAGGUGCGGCCUCGGAACAAGCCACGGAGCAGGAGCAAGAGUGCACAUCUCCAGUGCCGUCCUCCACGCGCUACCACACGCUUUCACGCACUCAUGGACACAGCCACUCGCUCUCUCACGUCAGCCUGGAUCCCACCGAGACCUCUCUGGGACCGGCUUACAUUUCCCACGAGCUCUAGAGGUCACGAAAAGGCCCUGAAACUGCCAGCAACUGGAAUUUGUAGGAACAUAACCAUCCCUGGAGUCUCUGUGCUUCUGGCAAGAUUAGCAGAGAUAACUUAUCGUAUUAGCACACUUUGUAGUUUGUACAACUGAUGAUUUGAAAAUCCAAACACGGGCAGCCUACUGUGGUGUGAAGCUCCCAGACAAAAUGAUAAUGAGGCUGAGUUUGGAGCCGUUUUAAUUAAGUGCCUUCUUUAAAGAGCUACAAUUAAUAUUGUUACUCUUGUUCAUUUUGAUGUUCAUCGAGGACUGGAAUUAAACCAUGUACUGUGAAGCAUGACCACUGUUAAUAUUUCACUCUGUAAUAAAAAUGUUUAAUA